UCAAAUCAGAUUGGUUGUGUCCUGAUGUUAUCUGCCACUGAAGUUUUCAGGGUUCAAGUACUUUUUUUGCUGUAGCAAUAAUAUAUUCCUUUUAAAAUAUGAUCCAUGUUUACUCCGUUAUGCUCACAGGGAGAAGAUUGUAAUGGAAAAUCAAAGCAGUGCAGCGCACUUCUUCUUUUUAGUCGGGUUCACUAUCUCUGUAGAGUUGCAGCUAUUUCUCUUUGUGGUUUUCUUAGCUAUUUACCUAUUGACUUUGACUGCUAAUGUUGCCAUCAUUUGUUUGGUUCGCAUAGACACAAGACUUCACACUCCUAUGUAUUUCCUGCUUAGCCAGCUCUCUUUUCUAGAGAUAUGGUAUACAUCAUCCAUUGCCCCUGAGCUCUUGAUGAAUCUGGUUGGCUGGAAAUACAUUUCAUUUUCUGGAUGUUUUACUCAAAUGUAUUUUUACUUCUCUUUGGGUUCUACAGAGUUUUUUCUUCUGGGAGUAAUGGCCUUUGAUCGCUACCUAGCUAUCUGUAAUCCACUGCGUUAUCCAUCCAUCAUGAAUGGUCAAGUAUGUCUUCAAGCUACUAUAACAUGUUGGUCAGUAGCUUUCAUCUCUGUGUUCUUCCUUGUUCUUUUGAUAUCUCACUUGACAUUUUGCGCACCUACAGUUAUUAACCAUUUCUUUUGUGACAUCCCACCUGUUCUGAACCUGUCGUGCCAAAACACUUUACUAGAAGAAAUUGUGGUCUUCCUUUUUGCCUGCACUAUAAUUCUUACAUCAUUGAUGCUUACUGUUGUAUCCUAUGUGCUGAUCGUAUUUUCAAUAAUAAAAAUCCCAUCCACCAAAGGGAGACAAAAAGCUUUUUCAACGUGUGCCUCACACUUCACUGUUGUAUCUAUUCUUUAUGGAACAGUCAUAUUCAUUUAUGUUCGACCUAGUGUGUCCUAUCCAAUGGAUAUAAAUAAGGUCUUGGGUGUUUUUAACACAGUGGUAACCCCACUACUAAAUCCUAUUAUUUAUUGCCUGCGAAACAAAGAUGUAAAAAAAGCAAUAAAGAAGGUCAUGAGCAUAAAGUUAUCAGAGAGGAAUACAACAUCUUAUAUUACUAAAUGACAAUUGGUAUCAGUUUCAAAAACACAUGAUACAUCAGGCAUUUCUAACUUGCUUAAAAAUUGAGUGUUGAAAGCAGAUGGUGGAUUGGUAAUGGGCUUCUUUUUUUUUUAUACAGACACCUUAAUGUUGGCAUUCUAUGACUCUGUGCCUCUUGGUGCACUGUAGGCACUCAAGUACCACUUUUAUCUCUGGAGAACACUGAAGAACUUGCCAAAAAAUAAUUUUUAUGGCCGGCAGACCUUAGUUGCUUAUGGUGGUAAAUAACCCUACUAGGUUCUCAGGUUAAAAGUGCUUAGCUUGAUAAAUCCUCAAUGUAAUGGGUUUAUCAACAUAAGCACUUUUGACCAGAAAACUUAGUUGAGUCAUAUACCUUUUGCGAGUGUACAGCCAUUGCCAAAAGAUUUGAGAAUGACCCAAAUAUUAAUUUUCACAAUGACCGCUGCCUCAGUGUUCAUAAUGGCAAUUUGCAUAUACUCCAGAGUGUAAUGAAGAGUGAUCAGAUGCAUUACAAUUAAUUGCAAGUCCCUCUUUGCCAUGAAAAUUAACAUAAUCUCAUAAAAAAAAAAAAAUUUCACUGCAUUUCUGAAGAAGGCUUUGCAAGUGUCAGGACCAUCUCCUACAGUUAGAAUAAUAAAUCAGAUCAUCACAGAGUGGGGCUGUGGAUAUGAGAGAAAUUAUACAAUGCCACGUCCCGAUAACUAGAAUUGAAAAAGAAUUAAGCUCCUGAAGAAGUGUUUUUUCAACACGCAACAUGUCAGGCUGAGCAUCGUAUGACAUUUCACCUUCUGAAAACUUCAAGUUUUUUUUUCUCAACUCUAAAUGAGAAGUGGUUGCUAGUCUCCCACUCUUGUUGAUUCUUUGUACUGUACCCAUAUGUUACUACAUGGUCUGUCAUGCUAAUGUUUCUGUAU